AUUGUAGUUGAUUAAGAUUACAAUCCAGUGAAGUCACCCAUUACAUCAAGACUAAGAUCAAGUGGCGAGACAGGCGUUGCUGGCAGAGUGGCUGACCGAGGUGGCGGGACGUCAUUGGCUCAGCAGGCAGCUCGUCAAAACACCGGGAACAUGGUUGGACUGGAAUCUAUGUCAAGAUAUGUGUCCCCGGUGAAUCCGGCCAUCUAUCCCCACCUCACCCUGGUGCUGAUGAGCAUCGGGGUGUUCUUCACGGCCUGGUUCUUUGUUUAUGAAGUCACAUCCACAAAGCUCACCCGUGACUUCUUUAAGGAAUGUCUGAUAGCACUUGUAGCUUCAGUAUUCAUGGGAUUUGGAAUACUGUUCCUGCUGCUGUGGGUUGGAAUAUAUGUAUGAGAGAUGAGAGGCUCCUCAGAUGUGUGUGUGUGGUGUGAGUAAGAUUGAGGCAUUCCAACAUUUGUAUACAGAGUAAAGGACUGAAUCUAUAAA